UCCUCUUAAUGUAAUAAUCACCGCAAUCUAUGAAUCGGAAAGUCUACGUUCCUACGUUGGGUUCGACAAUAAUUUUCAAUAAAAUUGGUUCGUUUUAGGAGAUGUACCUAAACUUAUUGUUCUGUCUACAUAUGGUCUUAAUGGAUUCGGAGAAAUCACACUUGCUCCUAUUCCAAGUCAUAUUUACUUUAUGCAUUUAUUGUAUCGAAACUAUUUUACAAACCCUUUUCCUGCACAUUAUAAGUGCUCAUCAAUCGAAAGAACCGAAAUACAAAUGUCAUUGUUUCCAAACAUUCCAGGUUUCAAUAUUUUUAAUUAUCCGUUCACGCUCUUUGGAACCGCAUCUAUACUUCGUGACAAGUCAGAUUUGAUAAAGGAAAUAGAGAAUGUAUGCCAAAAAAUGAAUUUAUCGGACGAACAAACAAAAUGCGUCAUGUUUUACAAAGAUAUUGCAGUAUAUUCGUUCGAAGAAGAAACUGAACAUUUCCUAGAUUGCUCAGACCACCGUGAUGUAUACAGGCUCACAUUAUUUCAUGGUGAGAAAGUGAAAGCUUUUCCUGUUUAUAUUCAUAUUUAUGCACACCGUGAAACUGGUUAUACGACUAUCAAAGAGAUUGGAAAAGCUGAAAUAUUCUCAACUGAAAAUGGUACAGAAGAGAUGUUUCGCGUGUAUUUUUCGUGACGCGUGUACACAUUGCAUGGAUUCAGCAACUCGAGCAUUUAGAAAAGUGUUUCCUUUAGCGAAAUACGUUCAUCCCAAGCGUAACAGAGUAUUUUAGUGUAGAGCACAACUAUUUGAUUCUCUGCACUACAAUAAUGGUUUUCGUGUGGUGGGAAUAAAUUUAUUAUAUUAAGCUGGCUUUGUUAGAAUUUGGCAUUUAAUUGUCUUUGGUUUAUAGUAUUGUUCUAAAUCAGAGAUUUCAAUCCUAUCUGCAUAAUAACUACACUGAAAGUCUUAGUAGUUUCCAAUGGGCUGUUUGAUAACGGUAAAAAUGUUUCAAUCAAUUUUUCUGCGGUGCCGAGAAUCAUUUCUGCAAUCGAAGAGUCCUAAUUUUUGUUAAAAUCAGUGAACUUUACAUCUCUGUUUCAAGCUAAACAGCUCAUCAAAGUGACAGGUGUUUAUAUAUGGAUUUGCAUUACAAAAAAAAUCAUUAGCUAACUUAUUUACAGUGAUUCUCAAACAUAAGCACUUAUCUAAUGUAACUU